AUGGCCGAACUUAUAAAAUUUUCUCCAUUGUUAAUUUCUACAUCAAUAAAACAUUAUCUUAAUGGACCACCUAGACCAUCAUGGGAUUUAAAAUUUCAUUUAACUUGGGCAUUGUAUAAAUCGAUAUUCUCAUAUACCAGUAUGGGUGCUAAAACAAUUGAGCAAAUGCAAGAGGAUACUUUUCGUCCUACUCCUGUACAAGCUGGUGCGAUGAUAAAUGAAUUCAAGAUAAAUAAUAAAUAUAGACACGAAGCUCAAGUUCAUCUUGAGAAAAUUUUAAAACCUUAUGAACAUGUCUUAGAUACUGAGUGGAGAGAUUUGAAUGAUAAUGAAAUUAAUGCUGAAUGGGUUCAAGUUCCUAAUGAUGAAUGGGAAAAAAGAGAAAUUAGGAAAACUAUUUUGUAUUUACAUGGCGGAGGUUAUUAUUUGUGUAGUAAAGAAUCUCAUCGUAAUAUUACAAGCCCCAUUGCUAAAAAAGCAGAUGCAAGAAUUUUAGUAAUCAAUUAUCGACUUGCACCUCAAAAUCAAUUUCCCGCCGCAUUACAAGAUGCAUUGGCUGCUUAUUUAUAUCUCUUGAAUCCUCCGAAAGAUGCAGGAUUUGAACCUUUAAAUCCAAAAAAUAUUGUAAUUUCCGGUGAUAGUGCCGGGGGAGGUUUAAGCUUAGCUCUUGGUCUUGCUAUACGUGAUGCUGGUUUGCCAUCAUGCGCUGGUAUCACUUGUUGGAGUCCGUUAGUUGAUCUUACACCUUCGGUAUCAGAUGAUGAAUGUAUUGAUUUUCUUCCAAAUCUGGCGAAAGGUAUUAAUCACGCGGAAUCUCAAAUUAGUAAGGAAUUUAAAGAAAAAGCUGCUGCUCUUACAGCAAAGAUUAAGAAACAAAAUCUUGGUCCCAAAAUUUGGCACGAUUCUUUUGAUAAACCUGAUGGAAGAUUAGAAAUGUAUGCACCAAAUGAGGGUCUAGCAAUUCCAUAUGUUAGUCCAAUGUUAGCUGAAAGCUUAUGCAACUUACCUCCUUUAUUGUUGGUAGCAGGAGGUGAUGAAAGAUUACGAGAUGAAGCAAUUUAUUUUGCUCACAGAUCUGCUGAACCAAAUAAAUAUAAGGGACCAUCUUAUAAUGCUGGUAAAUUUGAAAAAUCUCCACUCCAAACUCCGACAAAUACUACACUCGAAAUAUACGAAGAGAUGCUUCACGUAUUCCAAGGAAUGGAACAUGCUAGCACUACAAAAUCAUAUGAACGUACAGUCGAAUUUAUGAAUAGGGUGACAAAUGUUCUUAACGAACCACUUCCCCCUUCAUCUUAUAAUUGCAUCAAUGCUAAAGGAGAAUUUGGACCUUUAAAAGAGCAUCAUAAAAAAGUUCUUAAUUGGGAAAAAAUUGGUAUUGUACCAAAUAUCACAAGAAACUAA